GCCUGCGCGCUGCUGCCUCGGCUCGGCCAGUGGCGGGGGCUGGCGGCGGGGGUGCCCGGUACCGCGGCGGGAAGCGGCCAUGUCGAAGCGCCUGAGGAGCAGCGAGGUCUGCGCCGACUGCAGCGCGCAGGAUCCUUGCUGGGCAUCUAUAAACAGGGGGAUUCUGAUCUGCGAUGAGUGCUGUAGUGUUCAUCGGAGUCUGGGGCGUCACAUCUCUCAAGUGAGACAUCUCAAACAUACACCAUGGCCUCCAACACUGCUGCAGAUGGUUGAAACGCUGUAUAAUAAUGGUGCUAACUCCAUAUGGGAACACUCAUUGCUGGACCCUGCCUCUGUUAUGAGUGGAAGGCGCAAAGCUAGCCCACAGGAUAAAGUGCAUCCCAAUAAAGCAGAAUUCAUUAGAGCUAAGUAUCAAAUGUUGGCAUUUGUUCAUCGCUUGCCAUGCCGUGAAGAUGACAGUGUUACCGCCAAAGAUCUGAGUAAGCAACUCCAUUCCAGUGUAAGAACAGGGAACCUGGAGACGUGUUUGCGAUUACUCUCCUUAGGAGCUCAAGCCAACUUCUUUCAUCCUGAGAAAGGAAACACCCCGCUCCACGUUGCUGCUAAGGCAGGACAGACUUUACAGGCGGAAUUAUUAGCGGUUUAUGGUGCUGAUCCUGGCACGCAAGAUUCCAAUGGAAAAACUCCAGUUGACUGUGCAAGGCAAGGUGGGCAUCAUGAACUGGCCGAGCGCCUGGUGGAAAUUCAGUAUGAACUCACAGACAGGUUAGCGUUCUAUCUCUGUGGCAGGAAACCAGAGCAUAAAAACGGACAGCACUUUGUUAUACCUCAGAUGGCAGACAGCAGUCUAGAUUUAUCAGAACUGGCAAAAGCAGCCAAGAAGAAGCUUCAGUCUCUAAGCAACCACUUAUUUGAAGAACUUGCCAUGGAUGUGUAUGAUGAAGUUGACAGGAGGGAAACAGAUGCAGUUUGGCUUGCUACUCAGAAUCAUAGUACACUUGUAACAGAGACCACAGUCGUCCCUUUUCUUCCUGUAAAUCCUGAAUAUUCCUCAACCAGGAAUCAGGGAAGACAGAAACUGGCUCGAUUUAAUGCCCAUGAAUUUGCUACGCUAGUUAUAGAUAUUUUAAGUGAUGCCAAACGAAGACAGCAGGGGAACCCUCUCACAGGUUCAAAAGAAAACGUGGAAUUGAUACUCAAAUCAAUCAGCAAUCAACAUAGUAGUGAGAGUCAGGAUAACGACCAGCCUGAUUACGACAGCGUUGCUUCAGAUGAAGAUACGGAUCUGGAAACAAGUGCAGCAAAAUCAAACAGACAGAAGAGCCUGGAUUCGGACUUGUCGGAUGGACCGGUGACAGCCCAAGAAUAUAUGCAAGUUAAAAAUGCAUUGGUGGCUUCUGAGGUAAAGAUUCAGCAGUUAAUGAAAGUGAACAUCAACUUGAGUGACGAGCUGAGAAUCAUGCAGAAAAAGCUUCAAACACUGCAGAGUGAAAAUACCAACCUCAGAAGACAGGCCACAACCAAUAUAUAUCAGGUCCAAACUGGUUCUGAGUACACAGACCCUACCAACAAUUCUUCUUUAAAGCGGCGGCCGUCUGCACGGGGUAGCAGGCCCAUGUCCAUGUAUGAGACCGGAUCAGGGCAGAAACCCUACCUCCCUAUGGGAGAGGUCACGUACCCAGAAGAAAGCAUAGCAAGACUGCAGCCUUUUCCUCCACAUAUCGGGAGGAGUGCGUUUGUGACCUCCUCUUCAUCUCUACCUUCCUUCCCCUCCACGCUUUCCUGGUCAAGGGAUGAAAGCACACGAAGGACCUCGAAGUUGGAGAAGCAGAGCAGCGUGUCUGAGAGUGACUACGAUAACCCCACCACCGCUCUGGAGCUGGAGGAGACGGGGUCAGGCAGGAAGGGCCGGCAGAGGAGCGUCAUUUGGCAGGGAGAGGGAUCCAUCCCUGAAGACGCCGACACAGCCCCCAGCUCCAGUUUGCCCAGUACAGAAGAUGUGAUUCGGAAAACUGAGCAGAUUACUAAGAAUAUUCAGGAGCUGCUGCGAGCAGCACAGGAGAACAAGCAUGACAGACCGUUAGAGCACACAGGCAUGCUCAAGCUCAGACACAGCCUCGGCUGCUUCAACAUGCUGGUUCCCUGGGCUGAGAGAGCUCCCCUGCAGCCUCUGACCAUCCCGCAGCCCAGUCCUGCCUCCUGCUAUAUACCGUGCUCCGAGAGAAUACACGUGGCAGUGACAGAAAUGGCAGCCUUGUUCCCAAAAAAACCCAAAUCGGAACUGGUAAGGACUUCCUUGCGUCUGCUGACAUCUAGUGCCUACCGACUCCAAUCCGAGUGCAAAAAAACCCUUCCCGUGGAGACGUGCCCCACGACGGACAUCCAGCUGGUCACCCAGCAAGUGAUCCAGUGCGCCUACGACAUCGCCAAGGCUGCAAAACAGCUGGUCACCAUCACAACCAAAGAGAACAACAACUGAGUCACGCUUGGCUUUUUAGUCUUGGUUUUUUAAAGGUUGAAUUUCAAAUACAGGUGUGGAACCAUUCACAUUUUUACGAGAACUAAAGGGGAAAGAAACUUUUUUUUAAAACUCAGUAUUAUUUUUGCAUGUUUUCUAACAAUUUUAUGAUUAAUUUAACCCACUGCCUUAUUUGGUGCCUGUGUUACCGGUUUAGUUACAGAUAAUAGCAUGUUGCAAAUAGCUGUGAGCCAGUAUCAUGUACCAGCGGUGUAACAAGCCCUUGCUCGAUGUUUCCUUGGGGCCGUGUUCUGCUUUCAGAUGUUGCUUGCAAAACUCUCCCUGAAGUCAGCUGUACGUAUCAAGAGGGCAGAACCUCACCUCUGCUCUCUCCGUCCUGGAGCCUCGUGUGCCGCAAUGCUGCUGACCAGGAAACCUGCAGCAACGCAGGCUUCGAGGGCACCAGCACCAUAAGCGCAGGAAGAAGGCUGUAGUCCCUUAAUGGAGUACAAGCCGAAUGUUAUCUGUUCCCAUAUCAACUGUUGUGCAAUAAUAAUACGGUUUUAGUCUGCUACCACACUAGUCGUUGUGGGCAUCCGAGCUUAUUCCGUGUAACUAUACAAGGUCUUUGUCACUUUAUCUGUUUUGGAAGGAAUUUGAAACGUAAUAGUUAUUUCUUUUAGUUGUCACUAUGCCAUUAAUAUAUGUGUUUGAUGUUACUUUAGGGCAUUAGUGGUUAAAAUAUUACCCUCUCUUUCUGAUUUAGUAAUUCAUUCUUAAGUUUCCUUUUACUGUCAGCUUCACCAUCUCAUUUGCAGCAGCACUGCUCAGGAACUCAUGAUGCGGUUUCACUAGAGGUCUCUGUGGUAAUUAACAACAAAACAAGGCAGUUAGAAGGGUGCCAGAGCAAAUGCAGCUCCGUCUGCCAUCGCAUGUAACCUCUGUACCUCAGCAGAUCCAAAUGUGAAGAGAUUUCUAAUCUCUAGGAAGUUUCAUGCAGAUCUUGCCGAAUUGGAGUGACCCGAGCUGGGCUGCCUGCGCAGAAGGGAGGUGGCAGGUGUCUGUGUGUGCUCCACGGUUGUUCGUUCCUAACAUUUCACAAAACUCUUGUCAGUCCAUGCUUAAAAUGAGAGUUCUCUGAGAGUUUGAAUUCCAUAACGGGGGGGGAGACAUCAUUGAUUUUUGCCUCUACCUGCAUCCCGUUUGGAAGCGCGUUGUCAUCCCCACGGCAGUUGUGCCAGCAGCCACCUACAGCAGCCUUGUAGUUAAGAGCAGAAACGGCAGCAGCUGAUGUGAACAUGGAGACAGCAUUCACAGAAACAGCUUAUCUGCCAUCGCCCACGCAGGGCUGCAGCGCCUCGUCUGCCCAGAGCACCUCUGCAAGGCUUUUUGGUGAAAAAACGCCACAUUUAGGUGAACAAACUACAGCUCAGAAGUUUGUCUGUUUUCAAAUCCUACUCCUUUUGUACACAUAAACGCGAAGAGCUGUAACAGUGUGGGAUUCUGGUGUGUUGGAAUGCGUUCCCUUUUUAAAGUAGUGCAGGUUUUGAGGGAGGGAAGGAGUGGAGCGAGCUGAUGACAACCCAGGAAAUUCAUGUUCUUCAUUGUGGGGUUUUUUGUUUCCUUUCUGCACUUCUGAAUUCCAAAGCUGUCUCUAAACUGGGAAUGCAGACAGGCAGGGAUUAGAAUUGCAAGACGCUUGUAAAACCAACUUCAGAACCAUGCUACUAGCGAUAAAAUACAUGGAUAAUCUUCUAGGAACUCUUAAUUUGGCAUCACUGAACAGCAGGAUGGUGGUUUUACAUCUCUCGGGACACCACUGUGUCCUUUUCUUUAACAUAUCUUCCCCGUUUUCCAGAGGGGGGUAGCACAGAGUUAUGUUGCGAGUUCUCAGUUGUUUAAACCUGUCUCUGUACCAGAACACACAGACACUUUGGUAACUGCAAGCCCUUGUUCCAGCUAUGCCAGCUUGAUUUUCCAGCCCUAACCCUUGUGCUUGUUGCAAGGCCUGGCUAUAAAAACACGUCCAACCCGUAAUUAACUUCCCUUUCUGUUCCUUCAACAGCAUUUCUGUGCUAUCCCGUCUCCAAACAAACAUCUGCUCUAGUUUGGUGGUGGUCACGCUGUGCCAUUGCUCCAGAACCAUGGUGACUCAUAUGAGACAGGUGAUUCCAGAGGUUCUCGGUAAAGCAGGAGUGCUCUGAGCUUGGCCAAUGCGCUGCAUCUGCUCUUCCCAAACAGGCAGAGCAGUUCAGAGCCAGCGCUGAGCCCUCAGUCAGACAGUCCUGAGGAGCAGGGGGAUGUCACACCCACAGCAAGAGCAGUGAUUUUCUUCUUUUACGAGUAGAUUUUUUUUUCCCCUGCAAACAAACUUGCUCUUUCUUUACAAAAUGCUGCAUAGGAAAGUAAAAAUGGGUUUGCCUUUUUCCAACCCUUGUAUUUAUCGGCAUCGUUCUGUCUGUAAAAUAUUUUGACUCAAUCUUUUGUUUACUGUAUUGCUAUAAAAUGCAAAAACCCUU